GCAGUAGGUGUGUCAGUAUCACUUUCAUGUGUUCUUCCAGGAAGUGGACUUUUUUUCUGUGUCGAUGUCAAUUGUAACGCCAGCGCCUGCACAAAAAGCGUCGAUGGUAAACUUUUCUUGUCUGCUGCCAUGUCGGAGACUUUGGACCGGUCCACGAAGAUCAACCUGAUCAGGGAGCCGGUGGUGAGGAGGCUCUGCGAGGUGCUGGACAGAUCCAGCAGCAGGGGAUGGCGAAAACUUGGAGACAUAGUCGGCAGUGACCGACGCUUCAAAGUCAGCUCGGACGACAUGGACGAGUGCUCUCUGAAGGUGCUGCAGGUGGAGGGCAGCCCGAGCCGCAUGCUGCUGAGGCUGAUGGGAGAGCGAGGCUGCACCAUGGGUCACCUGGUUGACUACCUGCAAACUCUGGGCAACUCGGAAGCCCUGCAGUGCCUGAAACCACCAGCCUUGCAGAUCUUCAUUCAGCCACAGUCUGUAGCUCUGAUAUCUGGCCACAACCUGCGGCUCAGCUGCCACGCCGUGGGAAAAUCUCCAGUACAGUACCAGUGGUUCAAGACCAAGGAAGAGGUGCCGAACGGCCACUCUCCAGACCUGGUGAUAAGUCCAGUCCAGCUGAAGGACGCCGGCUUUUACAUCUGCAGGGUCAACUGUGGAGAUGCUUUAGAAUUCAGCCAGUGGGCUCAGGUGGACGUCCUGAAUGUCAACAUGUUUUGCGGGCAGAGCUAUCAUUCCUUAGAAGGUCGGCUGAAGUUGGUGAUCCAGCCACAAUCGCAGCGGCUAAAUGUUGGGGAAAACCUGCAGCUGGAGUGUGGAGCGGUGGGACGCCCGAUCCCUCGAUACCAGUGGCACAGAAAUGGAGUCCCGAUCCCCAGUGCCACAAAGAGGAAACUCAUGAUUCUUCACGUGAUGCAGGAUCAGCACGGCAGGUAUCGCUGCGAGAUCAGCAGCAGCACCGAGCGACUGUGGACCAAUGAAGUUGACGUCGUGAUCGGUAUGUUGCGCUCCAGUGCUUUUUUUCUGCAACACUGUUAUUGCAGCUCAGUAAAACCAGCUGUCUUGUCAUUACGUGUGAGUGAUUAUUUGCUCUGCUCUUGGCUGAAAGCACCGAGGAUAUCUGUCCAGAUUUCAGGGGCAAUGGAGUGCUCUGAAGAUGAUGUUUACGCCAUCGGGGGAGGUUUAGGUUCCAGUGAAUUUUUCCUCAACAGUAUUCCAGAACAACUUUAUGCGACUGACAAAGUGGCCCUGCUGAUCGGCAAUCUAUCGUACCAGAACCACCCGCAGCUCAAAGCUCCCAUGGUGGACGUGUACGAACUCACCAACCUCCUGCGGCAGCUCAACUUCCAGGUGGUUUCGCUGCUGGACCUCACGGAGUCCGAGAUGAGGAACGCCGUUGAUGAGUUCCUGUUGCUGCUUCACAAGGGAGUCUACGGUCUGCUGUACUACGCUGGUCAUGGAUAUGAGAACUAUGGCAACAGUUUCAUGGUGCCGGUGGACGCACCAAAUCCGUACCGCUCAGCCAACUGCUUGUGUGUGCAGAGCAUCCUUAAACUGAUGCAGGAGAAGGAGACGGGCCUCAAUGUGUUUCUGCUGGACAUGUGCAGGAAGAGGAAUAUCCAUGAUGACAGCACUCCAAACAUUGUCCUGAGGGUAACAGCCAACAUCGUCUUUGGAUAUGCUACGUGCCAAGAUGCCGAGGCCUUUGAGCUGAGCUCCAGUGGCUUCACCAACGGUGUGUUUAUCAAGUUUCUGAAGAAGCGACUUCUUGACGAUGAGAAGAUCACCGUGGUGCUGGACAAAGUCGCAGAGGACAUGGGUCAGUUUGAUGCUACAAAGGGGAAGCAGGCCCUGGAGAUCCGCAGUAGUCUGUCAGAGAGGAGAGCUCUGACGGAUCCUAUUCUGCCCGGCGACAGCGCUGAUCUAGCUCACGCUCACAGCCGCCAGUGGGCAAAGGCUCACGAGCUUCCUGAGAGCAUGUGUCUCAACUUUGACUGUGGGGCUCAGAUCAAGUUGGGCUUCGCUGCAGAGUUUUCCAACGUGCUCGUCAUUUACACGCACAUCGUUAAAAAGCCAGAGGACAUGUCCUUCUGCCAGGCUCAUGUCACCGACUUCUCACAGGAUCUUGAUGUUGAUCCUAAAGAGAUGAACAGGGAGACACCAGAGGAGACGGGGAUCUACUUCCUGUCCAGCAGCCUGCCGCAGCACUGUCUUUACACCAGAGUCAGCUCACUGCAGAAACUCAGGGAGGAGCUGGUCUUCACUGUGUGCCUUCAGGGCACCUUCAGGUCUAUGGAUGACGAUCCCGUCCACUGGUCCAAAAGCAUCAACAUCGGCAAGCCGCUGAUCGCAAGGCUGGACCUGCACCGGGCCAUGAGGCGUAACAGCUGCCUGCAGACGUGCCUGAUGCCCCACAGCCCGUCCCACAGCCCCUGUCACAGCCCCGGGCCUGAACACCGCCUCCACCUCCAUCACGGGCUGCACCAAGCCCAGGACUACAGCCGCCUGUCGCCACAGCACCACUAUCUGGACACGUUCGAGCGUCUGCAGGGUGCCGUGGGAGGCUGUGGGGAUUCCUAUUAUGACAACCUCAGCCAGCCUCGCUGUGAAGAUGCGUACGACUCGGCCGGAGGGCUUUCGAGCUCACCGGGCAGGCACAGCAUCCCGAUAGAGGCCACUGAGGACAUCGCCGAGCUACAGACUGUGUUCAUCAACAGUCUGCAGCUUCAGCAGCAGUAAAGCUCUGCUGGGUGUCAUUAAUACCUCUCAAAAGAGAAGCAUUCAGUGUCUAAUGUUGUAUCUGAAAUACUGCUGCUCUUUCUGUCACAUGUUGUGGUUUGGGGAAGAAAUUUUAAUCAGACGAGAAAGAUCUUCACUGACUGAUUUAUUUUUUAUGCCUAAACAAUCUAUAUAAACAAACCGCCUUCGUUUUCAUGUCUAAUUAACUGAAUGAGCAAACACUUUAAGGGUCCUUAAAGGACAACACACUUUCAUACUGUUUUAUGUUGUUUAUAUGUGGUGGACCCUGCCACCUUUCAGCUUCAAACAGUUUUCUGUUCCCCCGAACAGCUUGUUUAUUCAGUUAUAGAAAUGAUACAUAGUUCUGAGUUAGUAUCAUUACCUCAUUAAUACUGUAUAUUUUAAAAUUCUGAGUUUGACUUUCUUCUCCAAAACUACACAGUGCCCCUUUAACAAGAUUUUUUUAGAACAUCAUAUUCUGCAUUUAGUAGCAUUAUUUGUCUCAACAAGCUGUAUACUGACUUUUUUACUUGAUUUUUUUUUUUUUUUUUUUUAGAGUUUUUAAAAUAAAUAUUUGAAGAAUGAAAAAGCGCUUUUCAUUAAACUGCCAUAUUUGCAUCAUAAGGUCUAAUUGCUGCAAGCAUGUUUUGCAGAGGCAUCAUUUUUUAAAAAUAAAUCUGACUUUUGACGCACAAAAAAGCAAAGAAACUGGACGGUGAGAAACUUUUUUUUAAAGCCACAAUUGUACUCGUUUGACUAAAUUCAAAAGUGUGAGCCAAACAACGACAAAUUAAAGGAGGAUUAGGAUGUAAAAGUAGGAAGCAAUCUGCUCUUUAAAAGAAUCAUAAAUAUUUGUUCCUGUUAGUUGUGUACAUUUGCAAGAGCUCCCCCUGCUGUAUAGUUUUUACAGAUUUUAAAACGCAAUUUACCAGAGGAGAGAAACUCAUGGUUAAAUACUCUGAUCAUAGACAAUCAAUCAGAUUAAAAACCUCAACCCACUGAGAAAUUGUCCAUAGAUCUAUUAUUAUUCUAGCUGUCUCCUCAGGAUGGCAGCGGAAGGUCUCUUUAUUAUGUCUCCGGACCUGCUGCUUGCAGUGACCAGUGUCAUCAGCUCCUCUUAUAUCCUUGUUUGGCAGAGGUUCGUUCACUCCUCAGUGAAGCGUUGAACUUUCCAAAAGAGUUCCACUGUCACAGCGAACCCGCCUGCUGGGGUUUAACUCAGUGUUGGCUUUAUUAUCCUCCACAGGUCCAUGCUGCUACUUUUGGAUGAUGAUGAUGAUGGUGAUAAACCACAGACACAGAGGCGACACAGUCCGCUGCACAAUUGAUUGAAAGUUUUUGAAAAUGCAAAUGACUAGACAUGGAUCAUUGAAUGUGUGAAAAUUUCUUCUCUCUUUUUAAUUGUUGUCGCUGAGCUUCUGUAAAGCCUGCUGGUACUCUUUCUAAAAAUUCUGUUGUAACAGUAAAUCGUGUCUUAAAUUAUCCCAUGUUCAGUUCUUGAAAUUGAGGAAAUGGGCCUGAAAAGUCCUUGGAUUUGAAAUGAGUAUGAACCACUGUGCAGCCCCACGUCCUACUUUCCCCUGAUCUUACAUAAGAAACCAGGAGUCCUGUGGCAGGAUGUCCCACACAGAGACAGAGACAGCAAACUGCAGAAAACAGGAGAGGACAAAACUGGUUCAACUCUUUACCCUUUGUUGAGAAAUGCUGGAGGAAGGAGAAAAGAAAAGAAAAUAAUUUUAAAGACAAUAACAAAAUGUACUUAUGUGGAGAGAAAGGAGAACAAAUGAGGUACAGAAACAUAAUGAGCACUAGAGAAGAAAUGCAUUACUUAUUUUUUAUGAAUGCAUCCGAGGAUUGUGUGAGACUGUGUGUGCUCAUGUGGCAAUCAUUGGAGCAUUUUGAACAUGUUUGCCUGCGCAUCCACACAUGAGGUUGUUUAGCUCCAAAUAUUAUUCAUGGGGCUGUCUCCAGAGCUGCCACUCAAGCGAAAGGACACCUAACGGAGUUACUCAAGCAAAUGUGGGAAGACUCUUUGCUGUAAUCUGCUCAAGUGAAAUUUACACUUGUAGAACGCUAUCUGUAAUCCACUUAAAAGAUAACAUCUGGUUGAAGAUUAUGUCCAAUAAAGCAGUGUUGAAGAGGGGAGUCAAUUACACCAACAGUAUUAGACUGGAAAACAUGCCACUCUGUGAAAAAACAAUUGUCUGUAAACAUUUAUAUCACUGAAAUGCUACUUUCUAGGUCACUGUAUCUUGUGUAGUUUAUUAAUAAGAUAUUACUGACUAAAAAUGGACAAAUAUGCCGAGUAAAAUUGU